AUGUCUAUUCGCGCCGGCGUUGUCAAAGCCUGGGGAAAUGCGCCCAUAUACGACAGUAUUGACCUUCCGGCUCCCUCAAAUGAUCAAGUCCGCGUCAAAGUCCUCGGCGCUGGCGUACAUACCCUAGUCCGGUCUCGCGCAGCUGGAAAGCACUUCUCUGUGGCUGGAAAGAACCCACCUCACGUACCAGGCACCGAUGGUGUCGGAAUCAUCCCUGAAACAAACCAGCUCGUCUACUUCAAUGCACUCCUAUCACCAACAGGAUCACUUGCGCAAGAGAUCAACGUAGGAAAGCGCGAUGUUUUUCCUCUGCCAGAAGGCGCGGAUCCGGACACGAUUGCUGUGCUCGUCAAUCCAGCCAUGAGCUCAUGGAUGGCGUUGACGACGAGAGCAGGUGUGCAGCCUGGGAGCGGCGUGAAGGUGGCGAUCAUCGGCGCGACAGGUGUGAGCGGUCAGACUGCAGUACAAAUCAGCAAGGCUUUUGGUGCGAGCGAGAUCGUUACGAUUGGAAAGCCUGGACCUAAGCUGGAGAAGACGAAAGAGCUUGGAGCUACUGCCUUGGUCCCUCUAGCUGAAACUCUCACCGACACUGACUUCUCUGCUGCAGCGGAUGUGGACGUUGUUCUGGACUACCUCUGGGGUGACGUUUCUUCGGCAGCAUUUGCAGGCAUCAUAAAAGCUCGUAAGAACAAAAGCCAACGUCUAAACUGGGUGGAGAUUGGAGCUUUAGCUGGUGAAACGCAAGCGAUACCAGCGAGUCUUCUGCGGCAAGCGAACGUAGCUUUUCUGGGCUGCGCACCCGGCAGCUGGACAUUUCCGGAGCUGUAUGGUCAGACUCCAGCGAUGUUGGAGGCGCUUGUCAAGGGAGGCGUCAAGACUGAUUUUGCAGUCAAGAAAUUGGCAGAUGUGGAGAGCUGGUGGAACGAGACAGGUGGCGCGAGACCGCUCGUAAAGCCUUAA